AGAAUGUAUAAAUAGGGCUACAAUCCAUUUCGCGUGGUGUUACGGUGAAGGAAGAUGUUGGACGAGACUUCAACGAGCUCUAGCUUGGUCGCCGGAGAUUCGUCCGCCGCUGAGGCGUCGUCUGCACCGGAGCGAAAAAUGAUGGAAGAUUCUUCGACUAAUUUGAGCGCCACUGGAGAUUCUUCCUCCGCGCCUGCUACCGCUGGGGCGUCGUCUACUCUACGGGGACAGAAGAUGUUCGAAGAGACGUCAACCAGUUCCAGAAUAGGAGCUGGAGAUUCUUCCGCUUCCGCUACUGCUGAGGCGUUGCAUUUCUCUUCCGGAAACCCUAGAAUUGAAGAGAUCAGAGGCGUCGUGCAUCUCUACCGCGAUGAUCUCUCUCGUUCUUCCGCUCAACUGCCGGUUGAACGGAAGCCUCUUGUUGUUAUACUCGGGGUUCCCAAUCACAUGACCUAUGCUGAUUUCUGUCAAUUCUGUGGUUCAUUUAUUCAACACAUAUCGGAAAUGAGAAUUGUCAGGACUGAGGGGUUGGAGGAUCGUUAUAGUAUUUUGAUUAGACUUGAUGAGCAAAAUUCAGCUGAUUCUUUUCACAAGCAUUUCAAUGGAAAGCUCUUUUCAUCUCUUGAGGAGGAAACCUGUUGUGUAUUUUUUGCUGUUGAUAUACAGUACACUGGAUCCAUUGAGCAUUCGCAACCCUCCCCUCCAAGCCAUAUAGAUCAGCCCUCAUGUCCGGUUUGUCUUGAGAAACUGGACCAGGAUACCAGUGGAAUUCUUACAACAAUCUGCAACCAUUCCUUUCACUGCUCUUGUAUAUCUAAAUGGACAGAUUCUUCUUGCCCGGUAUGUCGAUAUUGCCAGCAGCAACCUGAAAAAUCGAUUUGCUAUAUAUGUCAUACCUCAGAAAACCUUUGGAUGUGUAUCAUUUGUGGCUUUGUCGGUUGUGGCAGGUACAAAGAAGGGCACGCCAUAGGCCAUUGGAAAGAGACUGAACAUUGUUAUUCCCUUGAACUGGAAACACAAAGGGUGUGGGACUAUGCUGGUGACAACUAUGUUCAUCGACUGAUCCAAUCUAAAACUGAUGGAAAGUUGGUCGAGUUGAACAGCCAUUGCGUGCACAAGAAUGAUGGCCAGGGUGAUUCGACUGGAUCCAAUGACACUCUUUUGGACAGUGAAGUUGAAUUUAUAGUGAACGAGUAUAACGAGCUUCUUACUGCGCAACUUGAAAACCAGAAAAUCUAUUUUGAAUCUUUGCUGCAAGAAGUUGAAGAAGACACGGAACGAGAAAUGUCUGCAGCUGUUGAGAAAGCUUUAACUCAUAAUCCAAAAUUGCUGAAAUUACAGGCCAAGAUAGACAAAUUUAUUGAGGAGAAGAAAUUCCUCGAUGAUAUUGAUGACAAUCUUUUGAGGAAUGAAAGCAUAUGGGAAGCUAAGAUAAAAGAGAUCGAAGAAAGGGAGAAGAAGCUUCUGGAACUGAAGGACAAAAAGAUAUCGGAAUUAGAGGAGCAGUUGAGGGCCAUGAUGGCGUGCCUCGAAACUGAGAAUGCAGAGCAACAGUCAGCACCAACCACAAAUGAAUCAACAGUCGGCGACCCAUCCCCCCAUGUUGCAGAAUCAUCAUCUUCCAAAAAUAGCAGCCAAGGCACCUCAAAGAAGACCUCCAGCCGAAGAAAAAACAAGGGAUGACUUUGAGGUAAGCUUCUCCAAAUGCAGCAUUGGAUAUACGAUGAAUACGCCCGUAAAUUCCCGAUGUGCUUGAUGCAAAAAUAAUUUUGAUGAUGCAUAGGUGCCUAAGGAGACUACACAGUAAAAAUGAAAUGCUCUGUGCUCUUCCUCGUUUGCUUACUG